CGCUUUGGUCAGCAUCCUCAUCAGCAUCAUGCGCUUCUCGUGGACCAAGUUCAUGCGCUACGUGGGGCCAGGCUGGCUCGUGAGCGUGGCGUACAUUGGCCCGUCGAGCCUCGAGGCGCGGCUGCAGGCCGGCGCGUACACCAACUUUGACGUGCUCGGUGUGCUCAUGCUGAGCUUUGGCGUCGGCUUCUUCUUCCAAGUGCUCGCCGCCCGCCUCGGCACGGUCACGGGGCGUAGCCUCUCGGAGCAUUGCAGCGCCGAGUACCCGCGACCGGUCGCGCUCGUGCUCUGGCUCGUGGCCGAGGCCGCGAUCAUUGGCUGCGAUGUGCAUGAGAUCCUCGGGUCGGCGCUCGCGUUGCAUGUGCUUACGGGUAUCCCUCUCUGGAGCGGCUGCCUCGUCAUCGGCUGCGCGACGUUUGCCUUCCUCUCGCUGCACGUGCUCGGCGUCCGCUACGUCGAGGCGUUCUUCACCGUGCUGCUUUUGGCCAUGGGGCUCUGCUUUGUGGUGGACUUUGGUCUGGUCAAAGUCGACUGGGCCGACGCCAUUGGCAGCGUCGUGCCCCUCAUCACGGACGUCAACGCGCGUGCGGCGAUGAACACGCUCGGCCCGGCCCUUGUGCCCCACAACCUCUUUCUGCACUCGGCGCUCGUCGCGCUCCGCCCGCUCAACCGCCGAGAUCGCUCCGCCGUGCGCGCGGCGACGCUCUACGCGUCCGUCGAAGUCGGCGUCGCGCUCUGCACCAUCUUCGUCGUCAACGUCGCCGUCCUCGGCCUCUUUGCCGACGCCUUCUACGCGGCCCCGUGCUCGGUCUUGCCGGAUCAAUCGGCUUGUCUCCCGCCUGCGACGGCCCUCUACUCGGGGUCGCCCGUAUACAACUACUACUCGCUCGCGCCGUGCCUCGUGCUCAACCACACCGUGAGCGACGACUGUCCACGCUGCGCCAUGGGCCACACCCAAAUGUACGGCUACUGCCAGCCGUUGGAGCUGGUGGAUGCCGGCAGCGCACUGCGCGACACGCUGGGCGCCCCGGCGGCCCACGCUUGGGCGAUCGCUCUCCUCGCAGCCGGGCAAGCGAGCACGAUGACGGCGACGUACGCUGGCCAGUUUGUCAUGGAGGGUUUUGUCCCGCUGCGCUUGCCAGCGUGGCAGCGCAUCGCCAUCACGCGCGUGCUCGCGCUACUUCCUGCGGUGAUGCUCGCCGUGUCCGCACUGGACAACAAGGGCGCGAUCCAUCCCACGUCGUUGCACGUCGUCCAGAGCCUCGCCUUGCCGCUGGCGCUCGUACCGCUUGUGACGCUUACAAGCUCCCGCAGCGUCAUGGGCAAAGGCUUCAUCAACGGUGCGCGCACGCGCAUGGCCGCGAUCGUGCUCGCAGGCGUGCUCUGCAUCCUCAACUUGUACGACGUUGGGUCUGCGAUCGCCGCCGUCGUCUGGACGUCGGCGAGAUCGUAUGCGACAACGGGCGCGAUGGUUGUGUAUGUGAUGGUGCUGCUGUACAUUACCCUGCUUGCGCCGCUGUGCGCGUGGCGCGCGUCGAUCGUCGAGGCCCCCGAGGCGAUUCUCGAGUCGCUUCUCGAUACGAACGAGGACGACGAUGCGGCGUGAGACGAGCGCGUUGCUGGUUUGAACGUGGUACAAAUGCAUCAUAUUACAAGG